AUGGGCAUGUCUUGCUGUAUUUCCCAUGAUGCCUCUGUGGAACUGCUCAGAAGGAAAUGCUUUAUUGUACUCUGUCUGCUGUUACUGAUGCCUUCAUUGGCUGCUCUGUUAUUUCCAAUGCCCCUGGACUGCAAGUCCUGUGUGUGUGCCAGUAACAUCAUCAGCUGCUCGAAGACAAACCUGACCCAGAUCCCCACUGAGCUUCCGCCAUUCACGGCUGUCCUGGACUUAAGCUUUAACUCCAUUGGUCGGCUGAAGGCAGACUGGACUCCCAACAGACUGGGGCGUCUGCACACGCUGCAGCUCAGCCAUAAUGGGCUGCACUUUCUCUCUACUGAGGCUUUUGUGUACGUGACCCGGCUGCGUCUUCUGGACCUGUCCUGCAACAACCUGAAGCAGCUUGACGAGUUCAUUUUUGAGCCUCUGGAGCACCUCGAGGUGCUGCUGCUAUACAACAAUAAGAUCACUCAGAUUGACCGCUCAGCUUUUGCUGGCCUCAUGAGUCUUCAGAAACUCUACAUGAGCAACAACCAGGUUUCUCGCUUCCCCCUGGAGCUGGUCAAAGAGCGCAGCCGACUUGAGACUCUGAAGCUGCUGGACAUGUCCGGGAACAAGAUCAAAAACCUGCCUCUAAAUGACCUGCAGGAGCUGCCAGCCUGGAUAAAAAAUGGACUGUACUUCCACCGAAACCCAGUGCCCUGCAGCUGUGAGCUGUAUGACCUGGUGGCCCGCUGGUACACCAUGGAGCUCAGCUCUGCCAAAGACUACAAGGACGAGCACACCUGUGUGCUGCCAGGCUCAGCCAAAGAGAAGAUGGCUGUCAUGGACCUGAACAAAGUCUACCUGAACUGUAGCGAGGUCAUGGUGAUGAAUAGAGAGUCCUUCCUGGAACAGUUCCUGGUUCUGGACUGUGACACCCGUCAGAGGAACGUGAUCAAGAGCUGGGUGCUUCCUGGGAAUGUGCCGCUGUCCCCAGCUCAUAAGACGGCUUUGAUGCUAGAUGACGGGAGUCUGCAGAUUGGCCCACUCACAGCUGAUGACUCUGGGGUUUACACGUGCUAUGCCAGUGGAGAGUCUUUCAAUGAAACCUUGUAUAUAACAGUAUUGGUGUUCAAUGGCACGAUGAGUGGGGGGCUGGAGAACCUGAAGACCGCCUACACCACUCUGGUGGGCUGUCUGAUCACGGUGGUCUUUGUGCUGAUUUACCUGUACCUUACACCGUGCCACUGCCCCUGCUGCCCGGGACAAGACCUGGAGAAGACUGAUCCCAGAGACAGUCUGCACUCCUCCACCGUCAGCAUUGCAAACAGGGCCCAGGACAACACACCAUCACCAAUGGGGGGCCACACCUUCUCUUACAAACAUGUGGGCUUCAUGGAGGAGCAGCUGAAGCAGAAUGGCCGUCUGAACCCAAUUGGAGAGGAGGAUGAGGAGUGGCAGGGCGAAGCCACAGAUAGACACAAGUCUGACAUAGGCUCAGGCUGCUCUGGGCACUUAUAUUCUCCAAUGGUGGUUUAG